AGUUAAUUUCGUCACCCUCUCCAAUCAAUAGGAGAUCUACUCCAACAGGUUGUGGGCCCGCUCGCUGACGAGAGGAGGACGAACAUCAAAAGCCUCAGAAUAUCGGUACUCAGAAGAAAAAUACAAACAGAUCAGAGAAGAGAUGUCAGAAAGCAGACGUGACAGCUCGCCCACUCAUCAACAAAGUGAUGAAGAAGAAGUAAGCUACACACCGCCGGAUACACCUCCCUAGCAGAGGAGAAUUGAAAUGCUGGAGCAGACGGUGGAAGGCCAGGCAAAAAGGCUGGAGGAUUUUGCUAAAAGGAUCGACAUGCAAACUAGUGUCAUCCUCGAGUUCAAGGAGGGUCUGUCAGCGAAGAUAAGCAAAAUUAAUUCAGAGCUUGAAUCAGACAGACGCAGUUCAGAGGGCAAAAACUCAGAGGACAAGGGCAAAGCAGUAGCCAGGCUAGUCACCACCGGAGAAAAAUGUUUCCGGUGCAACAAAUUCGGCCACAAAGCCUUCAGCUGCCCUUUGAGGGAAUAUAACACCUGGUACUGUUUUUACUGCCAGGCAGAGGUAGGGGAAAUAAUAAUUAAACCAGAGGUUUUUUCAAAAGAACAACUAAUAUCCAAACACCAGGCAGAUUUAGAAAACUAGGGGAGAAAGUAAUAGCAAUGCUAACAGGUAAUAACAACAAUAUCAAUAGUAUCAAUAAUAUACACUCAGAUUACACAACACCUACUAGACUAGUAUUUAUAGCAGAUUCUGGUGCCACAGAGCACAUAGUGAAUAAGAGUAUUGUUUUAAGCAACUUUAGAAAAAGUUCUGGCAGUUACAUCAGAAGUGCCAACAAAAACAAAUCCGCAAAUAUCUCAAUAGAUAGUAAAGGAGAUCUAAUUGUAAAAUCAUUGUCAGUUGUGAACAAUAAAAUAAUCUUGACAAAUGUAAUAACUGCAAAAAAUAUAUCAAAUGAUCUUAUUUCUCUCAGACGCUUUGCAGACAUGGGUCUGAGUAUUUACCUAGACAAUAAAAUACUCAAAAUAUACGAUAGAACCUCAGGAGAUGAGUAUUUGACUGGAAUCUAUGAAAAGCCAAACUGGAUAAUUUCACUUAAUGUAAUAAAUCAAAAUCAAUCAGACGAACAACAAGAGAGUUAUGACAGAUAUUCAUGUAUGGCUAACAUCGUAUCACUGGACGAGUUCUUGCAACAAUCUCAGACGGACAUUAUGGAGCUCGAUAGUAAAAAUGAUUCAGUAGAGACUAACGACCUCGAAAGCACACAGAGGAGUCCGGCUGAGAUUGGGAGGGAGAAAAAGCAAGAAACCAGAGAAGAUACAAGCCCAUCUAAUCAGAAAGAAAUCUGGGACGGAAAUCUAAAUGAACAAAGUCUGAACAGGAAAAUCCUGGACCUAGAUAAAUCUUCAGAAGAAAUACUAAAACAUCUACAAAACACCAAACGAGACAACUCAGAAAAGCAUGAAAAGAAACUGAGUGAAGGUAUGCUUUGGCAUAUCAAACUAGGACAUGCUUCCUUGCAAUACUUAUUAUUGCUACAAAAAUCAGGAGAAAAACUUAAGAAAAUAAAAUGCGACAAAUCCAUUUUAGACUGUGAAGUGUGCAUCUUGGCAAAAAUGGAAAACUUAUCAUUCUCAGAAGUCAGCAUCAGAGCAACAAAACCACUGGAAAGAAUACACACAGAUACAAUGGGACCAAUUAAACCUGUGUCAUACCCAGGAGAAAGCAAGUUCAUCAUAUGCUUCAUAGACGACCACACAAGAUUCGCCAAAGCAUAUUCUACCAAACACAAGAGUGAAUCCGGAUAUUGCCUAGAAAAGUGCGUAGUAACAACAAGAAACCUUCUAGGCAAAGAUGAAAAAGUAUGCUUCAUUCGGACGGACAAUGGUACUGAAUUCACCGGUGGAAAAUUUUCAGAAGUCAUGAAAAGGAAAAAAAUUGAAGGAGAGUUUGUACCUCCCUACACAUCACAGCACAAUGGAACGGCUGAAAGGUUCAACAAAACCAUACAAUGGAAAAUCAGAGCACUAAUGAUAGACUCCGGUCUACCAAAAAGCAUGUGGAUGCUAGCCUUGGAAGUAGCUAUUCAUAUUUAUAAUAGAACACCACACAAAGGAAUUGAUUCAGAAAUACCAAUCAAGAAAAUGGUUCCAAAUGGAAAUAUACACCUGGAAAAAAUCGGACGUUUUGGAUGCUUAGCCUACGCUAAAAUACCUAACACAGCAAGCAAAUUCGCAGAGCUAUCUGAACAAUUAUGGUUGGAUACUCUCAAACCGGCUAUGUGUUAUGGCACCCAGAGACUCAGAGAUUCAUUACAUCAAGACAUGUAAGGUUCAAUGAAA